AUGGCGUCCAACAAUCGCACAUACGGCACCGUGCCUGGCAGCCAAAAUGGCACAGUCAAUUCCUCCGACGAAGAAAGCGCAAGUCUGCUGGCCAAAACCACAAGUCCCAGCUUCGCGAAACGCACGCACCGAUACUUCAAUGCGAACGUCAGCAACACCUGGGGCGAUGUCGCCUUGCUGUUCUGCUAUAUCAUCACCGGAAUCCUGGACAGCUCCAGUGUCUUGACAUGGGGAAGUUUCGCGAGCAUGCAGACGGGCAACACCGUCUAUAUCGGCUCCGGCAUCGUCGCACCCCACGAAGGCGACCGCUGGAUCCGCGCCUCGACUUCUCUCGGCUUCUUCCUCCUCGGAUCGUUCUUCUUCGCCCGCUAUCACCGCUACUUCUCGCCGCGAAAACGCUGGGUCGUCGUCUCGUCCUACACCCUGCAGCUUGCCAUGGUCACCAUCGCCGCUGUGAUGAUCACCAUCGGACCUAGCACGACUCCGAAAGAUCCCAUCACCGUCUGGGUGACUGUCCCGCUCGCGUUGGUGGCGUUCCAGUCGGCGGGCCAAGCGGUGAUUAGUCGGGUGUUGAAGUUCAAUGCGUUGACAAGUGUGGUAUUGACGAGUAUUUACUGUGAUUUGGCGAGUGAUGAGAAAUUGUUUGCGGGCGUGACGGAGAAUCCGGAGAGGAAUCGACGAGUAUUGGCACCGUGUUUGUUGUUGCUUGGUGCGGUGAUUGGUGGGUUCUGGGCGCACAGCGAGGUCGGGAUGACGGGUGCGUUGUGGACGGCGGUGGCGUUGAAGGCUGUUGUUGUGCUGAUGUGGUGCUUUUGGACGGAGGAGAAGGAGGAUUGA